UCGCAGGGUGGAAGGAAGCGUUGCAAUCUGCCCGGCGUUUAUUGCUAGCUCACACAUGCAAGUCCGACAAAAAAUAUGCUGUCAAUCGUUAAAAACUGCGUGUUAUUUUCAGUUGUGUGCUUGUACAUAGCAACACCGAUUUAUUUAAAAAGGGUUUCCAGAUGUCCUUCAGCAUGCAGCUGUUCCAAGGAGUCCAUCAUUUGUUUUGGAUCUUCCUAUGUCCCAAGGAUCAUCCCGAACGACAUUAAUUCUCUGAGCAUUGUCAACGGGACCUUCUCCGAGAUCAAGGAGACCAUGUUUGCUCACAUGCCAUCUCUCCAACUCCUACUUCUUAAUUCAAAUUCAGUGAUGACAAUAAGGGACGAUGCAUUUUCUGGCCUUCCACACCUGGAGUACCUGUUCAUUGAGAGUAAUAAGAUAGAGACUGUCUCCAAAUAUUCCUUCAGAGGACUCAGGGACCUGACUCACCUGUCUUUGGCAAACAAUAAUUUGAUAGCAUUACCCAGGGAUUCCUUCAUCGACCUGGACUCAUUGAUAGAGCUGGACCUGCGAGGAAAUGCCUUUGAGUGUGACUGCCGUGCCAAGUGGCUGAUGAUGUGGCUGAAGAGCACCAAUGCCACGGUUUCCGAUGUAAUUUGUGCCGGACCCAAGGACAUGAAGGACAAGCGGCUGAACGACAUGGCCAGCCUGCACAAUGAAUGCAUCUCCACUGAUUUUAUCCACCAUCAGUCGGUGCCGUCAGAGUCUCUGUCUGUGGACACAUUCUCUUAUAAAAAUGACGUCUAUGUGGCCAUCGCUGCACCAAACACAGAGAGUUGUAUGGUUUUACAGUGGGACCACAUUGAGAUGAACUUCAGGACUUAUGACAACAUCACAGGCCAGUCAAUCGUUGGGUGCAAGUCGGUCGUCAUCCAGAACCAGGUCUUUGUCAUAGUGGCCCAGCUCUUUGGUGGUUCUCACAUAUACAAGUUUGAUGAAGACCAGAGCAGGUUCAGCAAGUUUCAGGAUAUUGAGGUAUCCAAGAUCUCCAAGCCCAACGACAUUGAAGCCUUCCAGAUUGCUGGCGAGUGGUUCUUUGUGAUUGCCGACAGCUCAAAGGCAGGGCUCUCCACUCUCUACAAGUGGAACGACAAGGGCUUCUACUCCUAUCAGUCCCUGCAUGAGUGGUUCCGUGACACUGAUGCUGAGUUUGUGGAUCUGGAUGGCAAGUCCCACCUCAUCUUGGCCAGCCGCUCCCAGGUGCCUGUAAUCUACCAGUGGAGCAGGAAUGCCCAGACGUUUGCCCUGCAGGGCGAGAUCCCCAACAUGGAGGAUGUGGUGGCCGUCAAGGCCUUCCGGGUCAAGGAGGACCUCUACCUGGCCAUGACACGCUAUAUAGGUGACUCUAAGGUACUCCGCUGGAGCGGCAAACAGUUUAUGGAGAUCCAAGCCCUGCCCUCGCGAGGUGCUAUGAUUCUCCAGCCGUUCUCCUUCAAAGAGCGCCACUAUCUGGCCCUGGGCAGCGACUAUACCUUCUCACAGAUCUACCUGUGGGACGCUGAUAAGAAAGUCUUUGAGCGCUUCAAAGAGGUGUACAUCAUGGCACCACGCUCCUUUACCGUGGUAUCCACCGACCGCCGGGACUUCAUUUUCUCCUCCAGCUUCAAGGGCAAUACGCAGAUCUUCGAGCAUAUCAUCAUCGACUUGAGCUUAUGAGAUAGUCUGGGCUUCAGCCCCUGCAUCUUAUGUCUUCCAUUAUAAAAGUUGACAUUUUUGUGGGGGAAAGGAGGGACAAGGGGCCAAGAGAGGGAGAGGGAACUCAAGCAGCAUUAUCAACUAUGUAUUCCUAUUAAGCACCUCUUGUGUUUGUAUACCGUUUUUAAUCAGUCAUGUCCCCCAGUACUGUUCUGUUUACUUUUAUACGCACAGGUAAUCUUGGUUAACCCAGAACUAAAAUCUCACGAAAUUUGGUCACCUGAGGGAUUCAGUUCUGGGUCUACACGUGUUAGAAAUUGGGAGUUCCAGUUUGCAAAGUCUUGCAAAAGGAAACUCUCAGCCAACUCUUUUCCUUUUCCACAAUGUACAUUGCCUUAUCAGCACAAGCGUUUUAGUGUUUUGUUUGUCCUGCUGCUGGGCCACCUAGCUAUGAAUAGUGAUCACUCCCAUCUGCUUUGUAGAUAUAGGGAAAAGUGGCAGCAGCACAAACCUUUAAUAACGAUAUUGUAUGACCCAGAACCCUUGUGACCCCGAACCCAGAACUCUUAAACAAUCAUUAGCAGUACACAUUUAUGUUUUUAUUUAGUUUAUAUCGUCCAUAUAAGCAGUUUCACAAAUAUUUGGGCAUUUACAAAAGUUUUCGUUGCUCAGAUUUGUUUUUUAUUCCACAUAAUUUACAAUUACUCAAGUCCCUAAACAAAUCUUUGUUGCAGAAGUACAACUAGAUAUAUGUGUAUUGAUUGACUAUAUUCAAUCAGUUCCGCUUUAGCCGACAACCGCAUAGCGUUUUUUGGGGGGCUGUGUCGGAGGUGGAACUACGUUAGAGCUGUGAAAUCCACAAGCGGCACAUGGCAUUAUACCUAAAGCGGACAUUGCCAUUAGAGUCGCAUUACGAGAAAUUCCAUGCAGCCUGGUUUACAAGCUCGAACACUGGAAUGUGAGAUGUAAUCCAGACCUCGAAUAGGUUGAUAGAAAUUAUUUCGUUUGAAUGAUUUUCAAUUUGAGCGUCAUUAUUUCUAUAUACUACUUUCUCGUUCUGAACUUCUAACGCAAGUAGGAUGGCUGUGGCUUCGUAACAAUGAUCAAGAGAAGCUGCUCACCGAUUUGACAGCUACAGUUACAGUUACACCUCCGACACCUGCAAAACAUCAGCAAUGCGGGUUUUGGCUAUCGCCGGUUAACACUUGAAGGCAUCAUCAUAGAUAUUGACUACGCUAGUUUGAUUGUUAAAAACAUUGACCAAAUAAGCCAACAUUAAAGGUCUACAGAUGUAUUAUUUUGGACAAUAAUGAUACAUAUUAACAUAUAUGC